UGUUCUUUCUUCAUUUUCUCCUUUGGAAUCAUCACCCUCAUAGUAAUUUUAGAACUCUCCUUUUAGUAAAUCACACACAAAAUGGCUAUUAAACUAGUAAUUCUCUUUACCACAUUUGUCCUUUUUAGCCUCGCCGACGCUAGAAUCCCCGGCGUUUACUCCGGCAGCGCAUGGCAAAACGCACACGCCACUUUCUACGGUGGCAGCGAUGCCUCCGGCACAAUGGGAGGAGCUUGUGGUUACGGUAACUUAUACAGCCAAGGCUAUGGUACCAACACGGCAGCAUUGAGCACGGCGCUGUUUAACAAUGGUAUGAGUUGUGGAGCCUGCUUUGAGCUAAAAUGCGCCAACGACCCUCAAUGGUGCCACUCAGGUAGUCCUUCGAUCCUCAUCACCGCAACCAAUUUCUGCCCACCAAACUUGGCUCAGCCUAGCGACAACGGAGGAUGGUGCAACCCGCCACGUGAACAUUUCGAUCUAGCCAUGCCUGUCUUCCUCAAGAUCGCUCAAUAUCGUGCCGGCAUUGUCCCCGUCUCAUACCGCAGAGUGCCUUGUAGAAAGAGAGGAGGGAUAAGGUUCACAAUCAACGGUCACCGUUACUUCAACUUGGUUCUGAUCACUAACGUGGCUGGAGCAGGAGACAUCGUGAGGGCUAGUGUGAAAGGUUCACGGACUGGUUGGAUGAGUUUGAGCAGGAACUGGGGACAAAACUGGCAAUCUAAUGCUGUUUUGGUUGGUCAGUCACUUUCUUUCCGUGUCACAGGCAGUGACCGUAGAUCAUCUACUUCCUGGAACAUGGUUCCUUCUAACUGGCAGUUUGGUCAAACAUUUGUCGGGAAGAAUUUCAGGGUUUAAGGCCGAGUUUCGAGAAACUAAAAUUUGGAGGAAAUC